UACAUAUUGCAGUGUCUUUGAAUGAUACAAGUUAUAUGUUAUCAAAAAUAAACUAUGACUAGAUAUAAGUUUUUGCUUCUGUCGUUUGUAUGUCUUUUGCAAUGCAUUCCGCAAGGUUACGGUCACAGCUGGUUAGCAUGUACCGAUUAUGCCGAGAAGAACGGUCGUUAUUACGAUCACGACUUAUGCAGGGGAUACGCAAGAUCAGCACUCCGAUUGGCACCCAGAGGAGGAACGUUUGGAGGAGAUACAGGGUUUGAUUAUCAUUCACAAGAAACUAAACCGUGCAAGACAUCCAGGAACGAUAAUACUGAAUAUGACGCAGAUCAUCGAAUGGCAGUUUAUUACCCGGGUCAGCAAGUGGUUUUGGCUCAUCCAAUGAAAAAUCAUGGAUCCGACUCGUGUACUAACCGCUAUAUUCCCGAUAGUGGAAACUUCAUCUACCGAGGAAACGUAAAUGAUCAAUUCGAUCUCACACUAUCUCAAUUUCGAGAAGAACUUGUUGCAGAUCUUGGAGUAAAGGAUCCACCAGAUCAAUCGUCCGAUGCGUACACACAAUAUCCUAAACCCGGCUAUCAAAACGCGCCUGCAUUUUGCGAAAAUAAAGACAAAUCACUGGGAACAUACAGUUUCAAUGUACCAUCCGAUCUCCAGCCAGGUCGAUACACAUUUCUCUGGCUCUGGGGAUUCAAUAGCAUCGGCGAUCUUUAUUCGUCUUGCUUUGAAGUGGACAUUGUCUCAACAUUAGCGGAAAGAAACUCAUUGCUAUUAAGUUAUGGCCUUUCUAACUUCUACGAGCCUUGCGGUGGUCUAACGUCUAAUUUCGGUAUUUAUGGGAACACAAAUCCAGGAUGUACCGAGACUGAUACUGGUAUUACCACAUCUACUUCAACUACCACAACUACAACAACCACUGCCCCUGCUACAGUAUCAACAAGUUCCACUACCACGGCUACUACAACUACAGGCAGACCGGGCGAGACAUUGUUAGCUGUACAAACAUUACAAAUAGGAGGAGAAAUUACCUUGCCACUGGCAGAGUCUGGUACAAUGAGAAGAUACAUAUCUGUUCACUGGGACUGUCCUGUAAUAGCUAACUUUUGGAACAUUCGUGUCACCGGUUAUCACGACGUUGCUGGAAGCGGAGGUGUUCAUUACAAUUUGUUGCACGAAGGAUACGAAAUGGGGAGUGGGAAGUUUUACUACCAUGCCAUGUUCACCCAACCGUGUGAUUUGAAAGCAUACCCACCGAUAGCUAAAAUAAUUAGAGAUGAAGCAUAAUCCUGUGUUGUUGAAUAUACUAUGAAAUAGAAUUUAAAUAUAAAGUUCAUUAUUAUUUAUAGUUUUCUAUUUCAUCGAAUCAGACUAUUACUUACGUAGAUAUAUAGUUUAAUUCAAUCAUCUCAACCUCGACAACAAGUUCCAUCCUGAGAGCAAUUUCUCCGCUAUACUUGACUGAAUAUGAAUAUCUUUAAUAAUAUCUAUAAGUAAUAAGUUUUUUAAAAUCAAUGUAUUGCAAUCAUUUUUAUCUGAUGAUAUCAAAAUCAAUUCUGGACUGGAAAAAUACGGGCUGAGUUACACCAUUGGCCCUCAAUCUUUUAUGUUUUGGCCUGACAUUAUAUAUUGCGCAGAAUAUGCGGAUAAUGAACGCAGUAACUGUUGAUAAUAUACCUUAUUUAUUUAAUACAUAUUUCACUCGAAAAAAGUGACAUAGACAAUUUCAACAUCACGAGUUAUGGGAAAUAUGGUUUCUAAAGAAUAAAUUUGCAUCCUGUGAAUAUUUAA